GUUAACUCGUGUACGUGCGCGCGCGCGCGUGUCUAUCGAGUUCUCGUGAGCGGUUACUUUGGCCUGGCGGUUCUUCUGGAGCUUUGAGGAUUGUGGAGUGAAAUGAGCCUUUGGGAAGAUACCGAGGCGUCUCGGGAUAACACACAGCAAAACAAACGAUUGUGAAAGAAGCCUUAAUGCUGUAUCUGUGACAUGCGCCGUCCAACCUGAGGACGAGUGAGAAUCUGCACGUUUCCUCUCUCUCGCUCUCUCCUCCUCCUCCUCCUCAUCCUCUUUUCUCUUUCUCUCUUUUCCCUACCUCUCUCCUUCCUGCCAGCUCUCUCUCUCUAUUUUAUUCCUCCUUGUCGUGGCACAGUGCUCCAGCGCGACUUUGCUGUGAAUAGAGCUUCCAGAUACGACACUUUUCCAGCUGAUUGAGUGAGUGAGAAAGGAGGAGGAGGAGGAGGAGGAGGAGGAGAGAAGAGAGCGAACCUGAGGGAAGACCCGCCUUUGCUUACCUACGAGCUGUGAUAACAAGAGGAAAGGAGAAGAGAGGAGAGAGGAGGGUGAAGCAGAAAGAACUGGGAGCCUAGCAGGAUCUAACGUGCUCGGUGUGUGGACCAGAGUAGGUCUGAUGCUGUGAGACGAGCUUAGACCAGCUAAACAUCCGUUCCAUUUGCUGAAACAACUCAAAAAGAGCGUGAGAGAGUGAAUAUGGGAGUUCUGCUGUGUAGCAUGCUUGUGCUGGCUCUGAUCUGUCAGAAUCAUAGCUCCAGUGUCAGAAGUCCUCUGGACAGGUACAAACGAUUUGAAGAGACGGUGUGGUCUGAGCCCAAUGACUGCUCCAGGGCCAGGCAGCCUUUCGGCAUGUCCAACCCUUACAACUUCUCACUGGAUAUCCGCAUGCCGGGGAUCAUCCCAACAGCGUCCGAUUCCUAUUACUGUAUGGCUGUUCCUGUGCCCACACAACAGGAGACCUAUAUAGUGAACUUCGUGCCCCACGCUUCCAUGGACACAGCCCACCACAUGCUCUUAUACGGCUGCAGAACCCCCUACUCCUCCAAAGGCUACUGGGAUUGUGGGACAGAACAGGGCACCUGUGAGGACGAGGCCAAGAUCAUGUACGCCUGGGCCAGAAAUGCUCCACCCACCAAGCUCCCUAAAGAUGUCGGCUUUAGAGUCGGAGGAGAUACCAGGAUUACCUACUUUGUGCUGCAAAUCCAUUAUGGUGAUGUCCGUAACUUUAGAGAUCACCAUAAAGACUGCUCAGGACUUACUCUAAGAAUGACUUCCAAACCGCAGCCCUUUAUAGCAGGCAUGUACCUGAUGAUGUCCGUCGACACCGUCAUCCCUCCAGGAAAGACAGUAACCAAUGCUGACAUCGCUUGCAAUUACUUAUCAUACCCGAUGUACCCGUUUGCCUUCAGAACCCACACACAUCGCCUUGGUAAAGUUGUCAGCGGUUACAGAAUCCGUAAUGGACAGUGGACGCUGAUUGGCCGUCAGUCUCCACAGUUACCACAGGCCUUUUAUCCAGCCAGCAACGCCAUUGACGUGAGAUAUGGAGACAUCCUAGCUGCUCGCUGCGUUUUCACCGGAGAGGGGAAAACCUCUAAAACAAAAAUCGGUGGCACUUCCAGUGACGAGAUGUGUAACUUCUACAUCAUGUACUACAUGGACAGCAAGCAUGCUGUGCCUUACAUGGACUGCAUGGACCAUGGCAGCAGCAGUUUGUUCAGAAGCAUUCCUGCCGAAGCCAACGUCCCCAUUGCUGUCAGUCCGGACCAGAUGAUGUCUAUGAAGCAUGGCUCAGAGCAUAAAGACGGAGAAGAUGAUGCCGCGCUCCGGCAGCCGAAGAGGGAGGAGGAGGAGGUUCUGGAUCAGGGUGACUUCUAUUCCCUUCUCUCCAAAAUCCUAGGGGAGAGGGAGGACAUUGUCCAUGUGCAUAAGUAUAAUCCCACGGAGGCCCACGCGGAUCUGGUGGCCGAAAUCGAUAGCAUAAUGCAAAAGAAAGACCUGGGCUGGCGCAGGCCCAGGCUAGGCUACGCACACAGAGACGGUGCAGUUCUGGUGAGGGACAGAGUGCACAAGUUUCAUCAGUUAGAGUCCACUGUAAGGCCUCCAGGGACCAAGACUGUACCUGCCAGACUGCCAGGCUCAGGGGUGGCAAUGGCCAAAAAACAAGGGGCCCAUCUGGAGGAGGUGACUGGCUGGCCAGAGGUGCCCCUGCAGCUGGGUCAGGUAUCCGGUCUGGCCCUGGACUCUGAUGAGAACCUGGUUAUCUUCCACAGAGGAGAUCACAGAUGGGGCGUCAACUCUUUUGACAAUGACGCGAUUUACCAGCAGAAAUCACUCGGCCCCAUUCAACAGUCCACCAUCUUGGUGGUGGAUCCAGUCAAAGGCAAUGUGCUCAAGGCCUCAGGGAGAAACAUGUUUUAUAUGCCACAUGGCAUCACAACUGAUAAGGACAAUAAUUACUGGGUGACGGACGUAGCUCUUCAUCAGGUGCUGAAACUGAGCAGCGAUGGAAAAGAAAAACCACUGCUGGCUCUGGGAGAGGCUUUUGUUCCAGGCUCUGACAAGAACCAUUUCUGCCAGCCUACUGAUGUUGCCGUGGACCCAGACACUGGCAACGUCUAUGUGUCUGACGGCUACUGCAAUUCUAGGAUUCUUACAUUCUCACCAGAGGGCAAAUAUCUGUCCCACUGGGGAGCAGGUUCAUUGGACCGGCGGAGACGUGUGCCCUUCCAGAUCCCCCACAGCCUGGCCUUCGCAGCAGAUAAGCGCGAGCUGCUGGUGGCUGACCGAGAGAACGGGCGUGUGCAGUGCUUCAUGGCCGACACAGGCGAGUUUGUGAAGGAGAUCAAGAAAGAUGAGUUUGGAGGGGAAGUAUUCGCCGUCUCCUACUCACCUGCACAAGGUGGCUUAAUCUACGCGGUGAAUGGAGAAUCAGCAUACGGUCAGUCCGCCCCACUCCGAGGCUUUGUGCUCAAUUAUUCAACCAAGGAGAUUCUGGAUACAUUUGCGCCAGACACACAGAAAUUCAAAAUGCCUCACGACAUUGUGGUGGUGAAGGACGGAAGUGUCUUUGUCGGAGACGCCGCCUUGGACUCAGUUAUAAAGUUUGUUCCGUCAGAAAAAGCAGAGCACCGUUCUGUUAAAAAGGGUGGAAUCGAGGUGCAGGAGAUUGAAGAAACUGAGACAUUCGUCCAGGCCAAAUUGAAGCCGAUCCACAAGCAGAUGGUCCAUGCCCCUGAAGUGACCGUACAGAAACUGCCCACGACUAAGGAGAAGGAGGCAGCGCCGGUUCCACAGGCCAACGCUCCAGAGGAGAAAGAGGAAGAAAAGGAGAAUGAGAAGAAGAGUGCCACAACUCAGGGUCUGUCUCCUGCAGUCAUCACCACUCUGCUCCUGCUUCUCCCCCUCGUGCUGGUCAUCACCAUCGGUGUGUUCAUCCGCUGGAAAAAGAGCAGGAUGUAUGGAGAUGGCCAUGAGGUGAAGCUGGAACCUUCAGGAUCAUCAGGUGGAAUCUUGGGUAAACUCAGAGGCAAAGCUGCAGGGACGUUAAACUUAGGCAAUUUCUUUGCAACCCACAAAGGCUACACACGGCAGGGCUUUGACCGUCUCAGCACAGAGGGCAGUGACCUAGAGAAGGAUGACGAGGAUGCCACCGACUCGGAGAACGAGGAAUACUCUGCCCCUCCUCCCCCCGUUUCCUCAUCCUAAUGAUUCGGCCCAGACUCCGCCCUCUCCGUCCGUGCUCGAACCCUAACGAUGUACCGCAAUCAUACACGUAACUAUACGCAUUGGCUGCCAAUAUAUUUUAAUUUAUUUGUGCAGAAACCUUUUUUUCAUUAGGAUAUACGACUGCCACUUUAAUUUAUGAUUUUAUGGGAGCAGGAGCGUAGAGGAGCAAACACUGGUAGAUUUAGGGAUUUAGCUCUAUGCUUAUUUUUAAUGGAAGAGGAGAAAGCGGUAGAUUUGUUUUCAUUCUAAAUUGGCAGGUAUAUGCUGAUAAUUUAUCUUGAUAAAACUUGAUAGUUUUUUAAGUUUUCAGGUAACUGGUCCAGAUGUUUGUUUUAUCUCUUAUUUGUACAUUUGUGCCUUUUUGAUUAUGUAUUUCGCCUUCUGCAGCACCUAUAUUACUACAGAUGUGCCACUUUCUUCAAAGCGCUGCUAUCGUCACCUGUAUUUUGAUUUAUCUUGUGCCGCAUUAAAUGAAAAGAAAAAAAAGAGGAUUAUUAAGAUGUAUCUAAAGCUGUAUUUACGACAUUUUCCAAGCAGGAUGUGAGAUGUGUCUGAUAUUUGUUGUGACAUACUGAGGUUUUAUUGCAAGAAUACUAUUUUCAGUAACAAUGUUAUUUGUGUAAUAAAGUGUCUGCAAAGCAUCA